UAAACAAUUUUUAGAUUAUCUUCUAGAUAUUAUGCUCUUGUCUCAAAUAGGCUAUUUGUAACUGUUAUUGGGACCAGUAUGCAUUUCAAGUUUAGUAAUAAUUUAAACAGCUAUUUCUAUUUCUAAAUUUAUGCAUUUUUAUUUUUUAUCUAUCCUAAGUAUUGUAAAAAUUUUGUUAAUUAAUUGUACCUAUUACAUAGUUUCUCAUUGUUAAAAAGAAUUACACUACGUAGUAAGCAUCACUUUUAAAGGUGUAAAUGUCGAACAAGAUUCAUAAUGUUGACUACAGUUUGUACGAGAUUUGAAGAAAAAAAAUAUACGUUCUUAAACGUAAAAAUUAAACGUUUUAAUUAUUUUCCUUUCCUCUUGAAUUUAUCCCCAUAUAUGUAUUGGACAAGUAGUGAUCACGCGAUAUCGUUGCUACCAUGAGUACCAUUGAAUAUUGUCGUCAUAGUAACUGGCAUGAAUUCUAUAAACAUAGCCACAUUGAUGUGUCAAAGGUCGAAUGAAAAAACUGAUCAAGUAGAACUUCCUUCCUGAUGUGUAAAGAUGUGAAUGUGUUACAGUUCUUAAUCAUCGUUUCCGUUUGAAAAUUUUCGUACAUCUUCAAUCCUUCGGAUCGCCGUAUCAGUUCGUGAAGUUUCAUCGCGUUCAUCUAUAGUCGCGAUGUCGUCAAAAAAUACUAGUGAAAAGGUUUUAGAGAUCGAUGUACACGUCACCAAACAUUAUGACAUUGUUCGACGUCUUGGCAAGGGGGCUUACGGUAUUGUAUGGAAGGCGAUAGACAAGAGAAACAAGGAAACAGUAGCGGUGAAGAAAAUCUUCGAUGCCUUCAGAAAUCAGACGGAUGCACAGCGCACAUUCCGUGAGAUAAUGUUUCUACUAUCAUUCGCCAAUCACGACAACAUCAUACGACUGAUCGGUCUUCACAAGGCGAACAACGACCGAGAUAUUUAUCUCGUAUUCGAGUACAUGGAAACCGAUCUGCACAACGUGAUUAAGAAGGGCAAGAUCCUGAAGGACCUCCACAAGGUGUUCAUCAUGUAUCAGCUGUUUAAGGCGAUCAAAUACAUUCAUUCAGGAAACGUGAUACACAGAGAUUUGAAGCCAUCAAACGUUCUACUAAAUGCUCAUUGUCAUUGCAAAAUCGCUGAUUUUGGACUGGCACGAUCUGUCACUCAAAUAGGCGAAGGAGAUGGUGAAACCGCCAGCGAUCCAACACUCACGGAUUAUGUGGCAACUCGCUGGUAUCGUGCACCGGAGAUACUCGUUGCUUCAAAAAGGUACACGAAGGGUAUCGAUAUGUGGUCAUUGGGAUGCAUUCUUGGCGAAAUGCUUCUUGGAAAGCCAUUAUUUCCUGGUUCAUCGACGAUAAAUCAAGUAGAAAGAAUAAUGGCCACUCUUCCGCCACCUACUAGAGAAGAUCUGAUUUCGGUUAGCGCCGGAUAUGCUACUCAUUUAUUAGAAAAGACACCAAACGCACCCAGGCGUUCAUUGAAGGAUUUAUUACCAGAGGUGCCGGAGAAAGCAUUGAACCUUAUCAGCAAUCUGAUUGUCUUCAAUCCAAAUCACAGACUAACAGCUGUGGAGGCUUUAGAACAUCCUUAUGUGGCCGAUUUUCAUAGAAGAAGCAACGAACCGGCAAGAGGUUCGAGCGUGGUACCGUUGCUCAGAGACGACGUACAACUCUCUGUCGACGAAUACAGAAAUAAGCUUUAUUCAAUGAUGGACGAGAAACAUCGCAAACAUAAGAAUAUGUCUAAGUCCAGAAUCAAACGAUUAUCGGAGCACAUCAGGAAGGAAACAGUUAGUAGUAAUAGUAACCCAGUCAUUGGCCAAGGUGACGCGAUUAUUAAUAAAAGUCUUACACAUUCGUGUCAAGAUUUACGUAAAGAGAGAAUGCGCACACAGUUACCAAGCAGAAAGACGACACGACAUUCGCAAAUUGAUAGUGGAGAAAGAAUUACGAAAACGAGAUCGAUAUGUCUUUCUGUCGAGCAACAGAUGCAAAACACAAAAAAUCUUCGACCAACUGCUAAAAGCGUAGCAACUCAAUAUACACACAAUUUUGUAAACGGUAGUUUGAAUAAUUUGACUCCAAGCACAACCAAAAGCUGCUUAUAUCUCAAUCAACAACACCGACAACUAUCCAAAUCUCAGCGUUCUAUACAAUCGGAUCAACCUAUGAUGUGCGCGCCUGGAAGAAGACCAAGUCAAGUAAUAGCUGGCAACCGAGAUAAAUUACGAAGGAAUUGCAAACAGGUCCGUACGACAAAUCGACUUACGACAGAUCUAAAUUGGCGGGAAGAAGAUCGACAGAAGACUUCGUUCAAUCACGAUAAUCCUAAGAGUCUUCAGACAAAAUAUUUCGCGAGAACGCCUGAUAACGUAACUGCUUACUACCUUAGUUCUGGAAGUAACAAUAAGAAUAGCAAUAGCUCCAAGUCAUUGUAUAAUUCAUACCAUCCUACUGCGAAAAGAGAAAAUCUAACUAUCCGAAACUAUCUGAAUCAAACGGUACCAUUGCGUGUGGAAGAACAAACGCCGUCAACGCUCCCCAAUCGAAUAAGAAACAAUACCGAUUACCGGAUGAUCCUUCGAAGUAACGCUAGCAAUACCGAGAAGCUACAUCAAUCGGGUAAUUAUCUUACAAGCAACAACAAUCGGUCAAGGAACACAGUUCCGAACCGACGUCACGUCAUUGGAACACAGUUGAAACAUGUCGCCGAUGCAAGUAUAAAUAGUGAAAAAAAACCGGCAUUGAUACGUGAUUCGUCUUUCUUAGAUAAUUAUAACCAAAGUCACGGUAUAAUAACGGCGUCUAUGUACAAAGAUCUACGAAAUGAGACUAUAAGAUGGUAGAAUAUUGUCGGUGGCAGCUUCUGAAGAAAGACACAAAUAAACCGAAAAGAUUUAUUACACAUAUUUUUGUAUCGUUCAUCCCCGUAAAUAGCUUCUUUUUUACGCAAUGAAUAUUCUUUUUCGAAUCUUAAUAAAUAAGAGUUUGAUUCACUCUUGGAAUUGUACCAAAAUUAUGGAUUUUCUCAUAUAUUAAUAAAUAUAAUAAAUGUAAAAGAAGGAAUGUAAUAUAAGAAAUUGAAAAUUAAAAUUCAUACAGGAAUAUUCUUCUUCACAGAAGCUGCGAACAAUGUAUUUAACGUUCCUACAUAAAUUUUUAAAAUGCACGAUCUAUCGAUUGAUCUGAGUUCCUACAAGAACAAACUGCCGAAGCUUCAAUGUAAAUCAACUUAUUAUAAAUGCAUAAAUAACAAAGAAAAUGAUGAUUUUGAAAUAAACAAUACUUCAAGUUGUUAGAUAAGAAGAAUCUUGCGAUGAAUGAUCACUAUAUAGUUCUAAGAUAAGAAGUGGAAAAACUUGUCCAACUUGUUCAACUCGACAUAAUAUUGCUUAAAAAAAAGGGGGAGAGAAGGAAAAAAUUAUAAUUAUCUUUUGGAAGUUUCAGAAUUAUCGAGUUGAAAUUUGGAAAAUAAUCACGAAUUUAUUAUUACAAAUAUAUAAGUAACAUAUGAAGCCAAUUAUUGGGGCCAAAAUGGUGUUUUCAUGAUAUCAACACUCGUCCCCCACGAAGAGCAAGGAUAUUAUUCUUUCCUCUUCGCGUUCAAUGUUUAUUCCUCGACAAUGUAGCGUUUAAAUUCCUUUGUAACACACUUUUUUGUGAUACUUUUAUGCGGCUAUGUGAUAAUGUCCAAUUCGUAUGUAUUACCUGUCGUGGAAUAAAUUUUUAUUAAAG